AUGGAAUAUAUGCAAGAACAACAACUUAAAAAGGAAGUACACCAGGUUAGAGCCACUCCAAAGGGUAAAGCUAGACCCAAUGACUGGAAAAUCCAGGAAGUCAGACUUCAUUAUGAAAAAGUAGAAAGGGCUUUUGAAGAAAAACAGCCCAUACAGAUCAGGGAAUGGAAAGAGGACAGAGGGAAAAAUAAUCCAAGUGUCAAAAUUUGGAGGCGGGGCAUUCCAGGAUGCCCGCCCCUAAAAUACACUCAACGCAAAAAGGCACCUGAGGGUCGGGAGCUCGCGGGUGUCCGCACGGACGCAGGGAGCGAGGACGCCGCCUCUCCCCCAGAAGUCCCUCAGAAACCGGACCCAAAGUGCCGGCAGCCCGGGACACCCGGCCGCGUCUAUGCCGCCCGGAGGCCGGGAAGCGCGGCACCUCGGAGAACCCCGGGAGGGCCGCAGGCGAGCGAGGCGCCCCAGCGGGCUGGAGGGCCGGUGUCCUCCGCGCGGACAGGAAGCGCGGCGCUGGCACCAGAGUCACGGGCGCCGCAGGCUGCGGCGGGCAAGAGCGCGCCGCCGGGCCGCGCGGGGGCACCUCGGCGGCCCGCCUCGACCGCGCCGCCCCUCAGCCGCGCCGCAUCCGGGUCCCGCGCCGUCGCACUCACCUGCCCGGGGCUCCGCCGCCGCCGCCGGUUCCCGGAUCCGGGUGCGCGGUCAGCAGCCCAGGCCACCGCGACCGUCCAGCUGCAGCGCCCCCAUCCCCGUCUCAGUCCCCGCCCGCCUGACUCGCGCAGCGCUACACUAGCCCGCCGCCCACUGCCAUGGCCCGCUCCGCCGCCUUCGCCGCCGCUGAACCACCGAUUCACGGAGCACGCGCGCGCCGCCGCCGUGCUGCGCGCGCGCCCGCGCCCGCCUCCCAGGCCCGCCUACCGGCAGCCCCCGCCCCGCCCCGCGCGCCGCUCUGGCCAAUCCCCGAUCUGCGGGCCGGUCUGGGCCGGGCUAGGUCGGGCCGGGCCGGGCCAGUAG